AUGGCCGGUAAAUUGACUUCGAAGAUUGCGGUUCUGGGCGCAGGAUCUGUAGGUUCAGCUGUAGCCUACAACUUGAUCCUGAACCCGAUUGCUGGUGAUAUACUGCUCGUCGAUCCUAAGGAAGACAUGCGCGAUGCUCAGGUCCAGGACUUGAGCGACGCAACAUACCACGGAGCUAAUACUAGCCGGAUACGAGCAGGCACCCACAAAGAGGCUGGUCAAUGCGACAUCGUCGUGAUAACUGCAGGUGCAAAGCAAAAGCAGGGCGAAUCGCGGACUGAUUUGCUCGGCCGCAACAAAGCCAUUCUUAAGAGCGCGAUCAAUGACAUGAAGCCUUUUAAGGAAAACACAGUCCUACUCCUUGUUGCAAACCCAGUUGACGUCUUGACAUACAUAGCCCAACAAUAUUCUGAUCUGCCACCCACGCAGGUCAUUGGUACUGGAACCUUCCUAGAUUCUGCGCGCCUUCGCGGGUACAUCGCGGAGAAGACAGAGAUCGCAUCAAGCUCUAUUGAUGCGUUUGUUCUUGGAGAGCACGGCGAGUCUCAAUUCGUCGCUUGGUCACAAGCUACCGUUGCAGGAGUUCCUUUGUCAAAGGUGGUACCGGAAGGGCUACUUGAUUACGAGAAAAUCGCAAGAGACACCAAAGACAAGGCAGCGAAUAUAAUCAACGUCAAAGGUGCCACCAAUUAUGGAAUCGGGGCUGUCACAGCAAGCAUUUGUAGGUCUAUAAUCUUCGACCAUCGUAACAUUCGGCCGGUCAGCCACUGGGUUGACAACUUACAAUGCUGUUUGAGUCUUCCUGCUAUUCUAGGCCGAGAAGGAGUUGUGAGGACGAUCCCACUUAUGCUCAGUGAAAGCGAGCAAGAAGCUCUGGAAAAUAGUGCAGCGAGCAUGAGGAGACUCAUAGCGGAGGCAGAAGAUGCGUAG